AGAGAUGGUGGGAGUCAGUGGGCGGGGCAGCUGGCUCACCUCUCCACCGUCCACCACCCAUUCAUCCAGCUGCUCACCGCAUGUCACUGAGCCCUUCUGAGCACCAGCUUGUGCUGGGGGCCUCUGGGGAGAGCCGCUCUAAGCACAGGGCUGCAGGACCAAGACGCCCCAGCUGGCGUUGCACCACACGGCCCCAUACCUUGGGGUCUUUAGCUGUACCCAGCCCCGGAACCCCUGUUGAGGACAGCCCUGAGCAGGAUGAUGAAGAUGGUGAACUCUGCUGCCCUCCAGCGCCCUGGGCUGGCCCUUUGCCUUGAUCUCAGGGUGCUCUCUCAGCCUCACACUCCCACACACCCCCAGGCUGACUCCUUCUCACCCUCAGGAGAAAGAACUGGCCCCUCGGCCUUUAUAGCAUCUUGAGGGCAUCUUGCACUUCCUUAGUUGCUUCUGUAAAAUGGAAGCACUAAUAGAUUAUGUGGCCUCUGGCACAAGGCACUGACAUUCUCACAAGAUUUACAUCGUUAACAAAGACUGCAGAGAGAAGGCUGAGGGUGGCAGGUUUCCAGACCACUAAGAACCUAUAGGAUGUGAGGACAGGAGGCCCUCGGCUAGGCCAGCCUUACCUGAGAGCUCUUAAGGGAUGGUGGCCUGCUUAGGCCCCUUCCCCAGUCAUCUCAAAAAGACCAGCCCUGGCUCUGUUUUUCAAAGAGUCACUGAGUUGAACUUCCCUGGAAGGGAUGGGUUUAGAGGAACUGGCCCCUGGAGAGAAGGGGAUGGGUGCAGGGGUGUGGAAGGGAGCUCUGGAGGGGUUUCAGAUCCUCCAUUGAAUGGCCUCCUACCCCCCACCACUCCCACACUCCCACACUCACUUGGUCACACAUACACACGCAUGCUGACUUACACAAUCACGCUCACACUCAGGUACACACACACUCACUCACAGACCCUGGAGCAGCCCUGACCUGGUGGUACUGGCUGCCCAGGAAGCAGCUGUUAGCUCACAGCAGCAGGAAGUGGUGGGCCCUUCGAGUGGGUGGGGAGGGGCUCCAGGCUCAUGUUGCAAUCCUGGAGAUUUGUGGUGGUGUGGUUGUUGCUGCCUGACCGGGGCCCUCCCUCCAACAGAUUUCAGCUUCCUGGGACAAUCCCAGGCCGGGUGCCAGGAACCUGGAAUUCUCAGAGCCUGGGAGAGGUGACAGAGAAAAGAGGCAGAAGGUGGCCGGCCAGCAGGAGCAGGAGAUGCAGAGCACGGUCAACUACCUGUGGCACACGGACGACCUGCUGGGGCAGGGGGCCACCGCCAGUGUGUACAAGGCCCGCAACAAGAAAUCUGGGGAGCUGGUUGCUGUGAAGGUCUUCAACACUGCCAGCUACCUGCGACCCCGAGAGGUGCAGGUGAGGGAGUUCGAGGUCCUGCGGAAGCUGAACCACCAGAACAUCAUCAAGCUCUUUGCGGUGGAGGAGACGGGGGGCAGCCGGCAGAAGGUGCUGGUGAUGGAGUACUGCUCCAGCGGGAGCCUGCUGAGCGUGCUUGAGAGCCCUGAGAACGCCUUUGGGCUGCCCGAGGACGAGUUCCUGGUGGUGCUGCGCUGUGUGGUGGCCGGCAUGAACCACCUGAGGGAGAAUGGCAUUGUCCACCGCGACAUCAAGCCUGGAAAUAUCAUGCGCCUCAUGGGGGAGGAGGGCCAGAGCAUCUACAAGCUAACGGACUUCGGGGCUGCCCGGGAGCUGGAUGACGAUGAGAAGUUCGUCUCAGUCUACGGGACUGAGGAGUACCUGCACCCCGACAUGUAUGAGCGGGCGGUACUUCGCAAGCCCCAGCAGAAGGCGUUUGGGGUGACUGUGGAUCUCUGGAGCAUUGGGGUGACCCUGUACCAUGCAGCCACCGGCAGCCUGCCCUUCACCCCCUUUGGUGGGCCGCGACGUAACAAGGAGAUCAUGUACCGGAUCACCACGGAGAAGCCAGCUGGGGCCAUUGCAGGAACUCAGCGGCGGGAAAACGGGCCCCUGGAGUGGAGCUACACCCUCCCCAUCACCUGCCAGCUGUCGAUGGGGCUGCAGAGCCAGCUGGUGCCCAUCCUGGCCAACAUCCUGGAGGCUGAGCAGGCCAAGUGCUGGGGCUUUGACCAGUUCUUCGCAGAGACCAGCAACAUCCUGCAGCGUGUUGUCGUCCACGUCUUCUCGCUGUCCCAGGCAGUCCUGCACCAUGUCUACAUCCAUGCCCACAACACGAUUGCCAUCUUUCUGGAGGCUGUGUAUGAGCAGACCAACGUGGCCCCCCAGCACCAGGAGUACCUUUUCGAGGGCCACCUCUGUGUCCUCGAGCCCAGCCUCUCAGCCCAGCACAUCACCCACACAACUGCAAGCAGCCCCCUGACCCUGUUCAGCAUGGCCAGCGAGACCCCCAAGGGGCUGGCCUUCAGGGACCCUGCUCUGGACAUCCCCAAGUUCGUCCCCAAAGUGGACCUGCAGUCAGAUUACAACACGGCCAAGGGCGUGUUGGGCGCUGGCUGCCAGGCCCGGCGGCUGGCACAGGCCCUGCUGGACGGGCAGGAGCUGAUGCUCCGGGGGCUGCAAUGGAUGGCGGAGAUGCUCCAGGCCACGUGCAGGCGGACGCUGGAGGUCACGCGGACAGCCCUCCUCUUCCUCAGCAGCAGCCUGGGCAGCGAGAGGUUCACCAACACGGCUGCGAGGCCUGAGAUCCAGGAGCUCAACAGGGCCACAGAGCUGAGGUCCAAGCUACGAUGGUUGGCUGAGGUCCUCUCCAGAUGUUCUCAAAAUAUCACAGAGACCCGGAUGAGCCUGAGAAACCUGAGCUCAGAGCUGGCGAAGAACCGGGAUCAGGUACAUGAGGACAGAAGCAUCCAGCAGAUUCAGUGCUGUUUGGACAAGAUGUACCUCAUCUACAAACAGUUCAAGAAAUCCAGGAUGAGGCCAGGGCUUGGCUACAACGAGGAGCAAAUCCACAAGCUGGAUAAGGUGAAUUUUAGUCAUUUAGCCAAAAGGCUCCUGCAGGUGUUCCAGGAGGAGUGUGUGCAGAAGUAUCAGGCAGCCCUGGUCACGCACGGCAAACGGAUGAGGAUGGUACACGAGACCAGGAACCACCUGCGCCUAGUUGGCUGCUCCGUGGCCGCCUGUAACACCGAAGCCCAGGGGGUGCAGGAGAGCCUCAGCAAGAUCCUUGACCGGCUGUCUUACCAACUCCUUCAGGAUGGAAGAGUGGAGGCUCAGGCCUCAUCAUCCCCCAUAGCCCCUUAUCCCAGCCCUGCAUCUGGUUCCCAGGACCUGGUUCUUCACAUGCAAGAGCUUCAUGAAGAGAUGAAGCAGCUGACGUUUGACCUCCAGGACAACAACCGCAUCAUCGAACGGUUAAGUAGGGUCCCCUCGGCUCCUGAUGUCUGAGCCCUGCAGUGUGCACGUGGCAUCCUGAAGCAUUACUGUUACUCAAACACUGCCCUCCUGCACUGUGGGACCCAGCACAGAGCGAGAUCUGGCCCCAUCGCCUCAGCCUACCUCCCUCCUGGCUGUUGCCCGGAGAAGUCUCCAGCAUUACCUUCCACUGCCUUUGCCCGGGGAAGCAGCACCGCCAGGGCCGGCGCCCCAGGCCACGUCUUUCAGGACCCACUGGAAGGAAGCUCUGGAUGUUCAGGAGUGCAGCAGCCACUGCCUGGGCUGGCCUUUGUGUCUUAUCAAGGCUCCUCCGUCACCCUGGCCUUACAGCUGAACCUGGCCCAGCUGUGGGGAGAGGAGCCGCAUAGGCCCUGCCAUCCCCCUGGUUUACAGAGCUCCAUUCCUCAGGGAACAGCGAGGAGGCCUUGCGGGCUUCCCCCGGGGUGCUGGGUCAGACAGCCUAUCCUAAUCUGUCUUCCCUCCUCCGAAAGUGUUUCACACUGAAUGCAGUCCUCUGCUCAUCCGGUGAUUUCAGAGGGUCACCACUUCUAGCCGCAGGCAGCACAGAACCUGUUUUCCUCCGACUGUUGGUCUGGCUGAGCCUGGAGCGCCAGCGCCUCCCUGUCCCCUCUCACCAAGGCAUCUCCAGGUCCUGGGCCGUGCAGUCAGCAUAGGCAGCCAGGCCUGUAAGUCCAGAGCCCGAAGGAGCUAGACGGCCUGUGCCUUCAAGACGUGGAAUAAACGUGGCCUUUUCCAUUUCUGCGUGGCUCUCACAGGGCCGUGUCUGGGAGGCAGGGGAGGCGCUAAGCUGGGCAGGCAUGGACACUGUGCAGGGCCUGGGUGGGGAUCUGUGUGGAUAAGUGUUGGGGGUGGAGGCGGACUGGUUAUCUCCAGAAGCCUGCCUUUCCCCUACAGGGGCCCUAACCUGGGGGAAGAUGCAAGGAGGACGGCUUCCUGCUGGGAGGGCUUGCCUUCCCUUUCUCUCUCCUCUGGACCCCCUGCCAUUUGGGGAGCUAUAUAAGGGGCCUGGGCUUGGGGAGAAAAACGGUGUCUUUUUUUUAAACUUCAG